AUGAACAUGUUGGACGUAGAAGACGACAGCUUUCCCGUCACACAUGAAGGCUACUCCCAUCUGAGUAAAUCAGAAUUGGAGGUAGUCGGCCGCAUGAGUGUGCUCAUGGGCGAACCUGCCAUCAGUGGUAUGUUAAAGGCUCCAAGCAGAGACCAGCAACAUGCUGCUAUUAACAAGUUCCUACAAGGCGAACUUGCUGUCGAACGACAGAAGAUCGCCUUGCUACAGCAGCAAGGCUCUCAUCAGUCGAUGGGCGGGCUGACUCACACGCAUCGACCCGAAACCUUGAAGAUAGGUAUAUCAAAGUACAAGGGAACCGAUGAAGAUUCCCUUUUGAGAUGGUUCGUCGAGUUAGACGAUGCCAUCAGGGCCCAUCACAUCGAGUGUGACGAGAUGCAAGUCACCCUCGCCCUGUCAAAUUUGACGAGACGAGCCAAGACUUGGGCCUUAGGGCUCAAGUUUCACGACCCAAACGUGUUUGAGUCGUUGGAGAUCUUAAAGUCUCGUCUCAAAGAUACGUUUGAGCCGCCGAGAGCCGAGUUCAGAGCAGGCUCUGCACUCCUGAGGCUUAGCAAGACCUACAUGUUCCAAGAGGACUUCCAUACGCUGGAAAAGGCGAUAGCGUAUGCGGAACAAGAAGACUUCAGCCUGAGACAGUCUCAGGCUAACUCGUCAAACUAUCGUCCGACGAGACGGCAGGAAACAGUAGGUCCAGAACCAAUAGACCUCUGUUAUGUCGAGAGCGAGAACUCUCGCUCUACGUCACAAGCGAACGGCAAGAUGCCAUCGCUGUCAGAAGAUUGGACACUACGCUCAUGA